CUAGCGAAGGGGGAGGAUCCUCUACAUAGGCGAAAAAAGAGACCGAACAUCCAUUGCGCCCCAAGCGAAACAUUGAAAACCUCAUCCCUCUGUGUUCAAUACGCCACAUGUGUGUACUGGUUAACGUUUUAAAGCGUCCUGAACGGCGGAUUGAAGCUGGUUGAAUUUGCUGAUGCUGCUUUGCACCCCCAAACCGCUAACAAAAAGAGAGACCUAGGGAUUUGCAUAUAGUUACAUUGUUGCUUCAGUUUGCUGUGAAUAUUCAAUCUAAUUUUAUUUCUGAAAGUCGCAUUCUCAAAAUAAACCGGCAUCUUCGCCUGAUUUAGCCUACUGCGGCUUGCAUCCUGCCACACUCUCCCUUCCAGCUCUAUCUAAGCAUCCAUAUUUUUUGUUCAUCCCUGUGUGGGGGUAUAGGGAGUGGCAACCUGAUAAAUCAACCGAUCCGCGGACCCCUCUCUAGGAAAAAAGCAAGUUCGCCGCUUUUUGGACACGUUUAUGCGUAAAUUGGAUAUAAAAAGCUAAAAUGGAGAGGUAUUGCCACCAAUCCGACUUCUAGUGCCUCAAACCGAAAGCCUUAAUCCCUGCACUUCUCCCUGUACAUGAUGAACAUGCUGAAGUCCAGUGGACUGAAGAUCCCUGGCAGGGGCCCAAAGCACUCCCCUGGCCCUGUGGGACGAACCUCUGCUGGGGGGUCCGCUUCCGGCACUGUGGGCCAGAAAGACAACUCCCCACACAAGCAGACCUCCCCACUCCCAAGCAGCAAUGCCUCAGACAAGUCAAGCUCCAAGACAUCCGAGGUGGGAGACGACGUCCUUGGGGACUACGUGGUUGGCGAACGUGUCUGGGUCAACGGGGUCAAACCAGGCGUCAUUGCCUACCUGGGUGAGACCCAGUUCGCCCCAGGACAGUGGGCUGGGGUGGUCCUCAAUGACCUGUUGGGGAAAAAUGACGGCUCUGUGGGCGGCGUGCGCUACUUUGAGUGCCAGCCCCACCAGGGCAUCUUCACGCGCCCUUCCAAGCUCACCCGGCAACCAGUGGGCGACGGAAGUGAAGUCCACUCCACUGAUUCGCUGACAGCUCAGAACCUGACACUCCAUGGCGGCAAUGGCACUUCGCCUGCUGGUCAGCGUGUGGCUAUGCCACUCAGGGAGGGCAUGCUCAACAGCUCUGUGAAGACAGGUAACGAGUCAGGUUCCAACAUGUCCGACAGUGGCUCGGUCAAGAAAGGCGGGGAUAAGGACCUUCGAGUGGGAGACCGUGUGCUGGUGGGGGGCACUAAGACAGGAGUGGUGCGCUACGUGGGGGAGACUGACUUUGCCAAGGGUGAGUGGUGCGGCGUGGAGUUGGACGAGCCCCUGGGGAAGAACGACGGUGCAGUGGCUGGAACAAGGUACUUCCAGUGUCCGCCCAGGUUUGGCCUGUUCGCACCCAUCCACAAGGUGAUCCGCAUCGGCUUCCCCUCCACCAGCCCAGCCAAGACCAAGAAGAGCAAGCGGAUGGCCAUGGGGGUGUCGUCGCUAGCCCACAGCCCCAGCAGUUCAUCCAUCAGCUCUGUUAGCUCUGUGGCUUCCUCGGUGGGCGGACGGCCAAGCCGCACUGGCCUGCUCACGGAGACGUCGUCGCGCUAUGCCCGCAAGAUCUCUGGCACCACUGCGCUGCAGGAGGCACUGAAGGAGAAACAGCAGCACAUAGAGCAGCUGCUGGCCGAGCGGGACCUGGAGCGGGCCGAGGUGGCCAAGGCCACCAGCCACAUCUGUGAGGUAGAGAAGGAGCUCAACGCCCUCAAGGCCCAGCACCUGCAGUAUGUCACAGAGACGGAGAGCAACCUCCAUCAAGUCAAAACUCUGUUGGCCAGCACUCAGAAGGACAAAGUAGAGCUAGCCAAUCAGCUUGAAGAAGAGAAAAGGAAAGUGGAAGACCUUCAGUUCAGAGUGGAGGAGGAGUCCAUCACCAAAGGAGACCUUGAGACUCAGACGAAAUUGGAGCAUGCCCGUAUUCGGCAACUUGAGCAGAAUCUGUUCCUCGAAAAGUCGAGAGCAGAAAAGCUUCAGAAAGAAUUAGAGGUGAAGCGGCAAAGCACAGUUGAGGAGAAGAGCCACGUAAUGCAGCUGGAGGAGGAGCUGGCCCUGAGGCAGGCCGAGAUCGAGGACCUCCAGGUCCAGCUCAGGGACCCCAACUCUCACCCCAACACGGCCGAGGACGGGUACCCCACCCAGGGGCCGGUGGCCCAGUCUGAGACCUUCCUGCUCCGGGAGCAGCUCCUGACAGCGGGUCGGGAGCACCACAAGGAGAGCAGCCAGCUGAGGGAGAAGUACGACGCGGCAGUGGUGGCGGGCCAGGAGGAGACAAACAGACUAAAAGCCACGGUGGACAAACAGAGCCAGGAGAUCAUCGAUUUGAAGCAGAGAGUCCAGCAGGCCACUACAGAGAACAUGGAGAUGAUGGACAACUGGAAGGUCAGGCUGGACACCCUGGUCAACGACCACCAGCGCUCUCUGGAGGACCUGAAGACCUCGCUAUCCAGCCAGAACGGCUCGGCCGAGGGCCAAGAGCAGGACCCUCAGGAGCUGAGGACCACCCUGGAAAGUCUGCGCAUGGAGCACCAGUUGGAGCUGGAGAACCUCAAGACCAGACACGAGAUCGAGGCGGCUGUGCUGGCCAAGGAGCGUGAGGAUCUGCGCUCUCGCCUGCAGGACGCCAAGGACCAGCUGGGCGAGAGCAGCCAGAACGGGAAGAACCAGGCCCAGACCGAGGCCAGAAGCAACCAGCUGACCCUGGAACUGAGAGAUGCCCGGGAGGAGCUCCAGAAGGCCCAGCUGAGGGUGGGUGAGGUGGAGAGGCAGAAGGGAGAGAAGGACGGGGCCCAGGAUGAGCUCCGGGAGCGCCUUGAGCUGGCUGAGAAGAAGAUGGUGGAUUAUGAGGCCCUGCAGAAAGCUGAGGCCCAGAGUCGGGCCGAGCUCCACAGCCUGGAGGAAAAGCUGAGGGUGACUGAGAACCGACUGCAGGCGGUGCAGGAUGACCACCACAUGCCACAAGAUGCCAACGUUAUAGAAAAUAAUGACAUCUCAGAGGAGAAGAUUAAGCUAAAACAGAAUGUUGAAGAAACUAUGGAGAACCUGACCAAAAGAGAAAAAGAGGUCUCCACUCUCACGUCACAGUUUGAUGCCCUCAAAUCACAGAUAACUGCCUUGGAGGGCAAAGUUCGCUCAGGUGAGAAGAAGGCUGACACCCUGGUCAAGGAGAAGAUGCGCCUGGAGGCCGACCUUGAGUCCAUGACCAAGAAGUCCCAUGAUGCAUCGGGACAGCUGGUCGUCAUUAGCCAGGAGUUACUGAAGAAGGAGAGGAGUCUGAACGAGCUGAGGGUGUUACUGCUGGACUCCCCUCGCCACUCGCUUGGCCUAGACCGAGACCUGAGCCGAGAGGUGCACAAGGCGGAAUGGAGGGUGAAGGAGCAGAAACUCCAGGAUGACAUCAAGACCCUGAGAGACAAACUGCUCCUGCUGGGCAGGGAGAGGGGCUCGUCCCCAGACCACCGGCGCUACUCUAUGCUGGACCCGUCGGCUCUGGACUCGGAGGUGAGCCAUCUGCGCCAGCGGCUCCUGAGCACUGAGGAGGCCCUGAGGGGAGCUCUGGAGCACAACCAGGAAGUGGACCAGCUGGUGCAAGCCAUGCGCACGCACCCAGACAAGACCCAGGUGCAUGGUGGUGCAAAUUCAGCCAAUGGGAUUUAUCAACAGGAUUCUUCCUUUACUCAAGAUGAACAACACUAAUAUAGGAGAAGAAGAGCCCAUCUUGAAUUGGGGAAAUGCAUAGCUACAUUUUAAAAGAAAAAUAAGUCACUACCACGUUAAGACUUGGGACUAGCACUCCAUUGGACUCCAGACGCCAUUUUCUGUUUACAGUUACUACCAAAACAAUGACUCUCAAUAUGUACAUUUAAUCUGUUGCAAAAAAUAAAAUCACCCAUUAGCCAAUCUUAAGACAGAUCAAAGACACUGUAAAAUGGACAUGGAGGUGAAUAAUAAAUCGGUACAACCUUUGUAAACUGAUACCUACCCUGCAGACUACAUCCAAGGAUGGUAUUGGACAUGGGAGAACCUUUUAUGGUAGUUUAUUAGAGAUCAUGACCCUACAACUCAUGAGAAACUAUUUUGUGAAUUACUAAUUGUGUCUCCAGAGAAUGGAAUGACUCUGGUGUCUGAUUGAAAGCAAAGAAGAAGAAUUUGGCCUCAAUCCACCACUUUUUGUUAUUUAUUUGCCACACUGCUUUUGAACCUUCUUAGAGUACUGUAGCUGAUUUGAUUUGGCCAGUGACGUUCAGAACAAUUUUCUCAAGCUCCUCCAUGUUCAAGGACUCUUGCUCUGUAGCGAACGUGAAUGAAACGAUUAUGCUGCUGGAUUUUGGCUGAUGUUGUGAAAUAGCUGCAUUAUCAGAAUUGUGCAUACUGUAAACGUGUAUUUAGCCAACUGAACCAAUCCAACUCAGCACCGUAUUUGCAUCAAAUAGCUAUCAGUUUAAUGGUUUACUAAUUUGAACUCAGUUAUCCAUUAAUUCCACUAUGGCUUCACUAGAUAGUGGGAAACCGUACCACUUUGUAGUGUUUCCGUAAACAGGGGUUUUAAAAAAUACCAGUAUUAACUUCUUAUUGUUGAUCAUUUAUCUAAAGACAUUUGACCAUGCCAUGGGAUCACUUUGUCCUUUGAUUAGAGUAGGCCACUCAAGGGCUGUUUGGAGCACAAUCCAAACAAUGGAAUGUUCUAUUAUGUAUCCCAAAUGGCACCCUGUUCCCAAUAUAGUGAACUACUUCUGACUAGAGCCCUAUGGACCCUGGUCAAAAGUAGUGAAAUAUAGUGCUAUUUAUGACACAACCCUACUGUAACUGCUCCCUCCCUUGGUUGAAGAACACACAUCUGGAUGACGUUUAAACAAAUCCUAAUCAUAACGUACAGAAUUGAUACAUUAUGGUCUUCCAAAUGAUAUAAUCUCCAUUUAACAAGCCAACAGGGAAAUACUAAGUGUAGUCCAUUACUGUAUUUACGGGAUAUUGGUUGACAUUCUGGUCUGUCUCAAAUGGCACCCUAUUCCCUAUAUAGUGCACUACUUUUUGGCACUGGUCAAAAGUAGUGCACAAUAUAGGGAAUAGCAUGCGAUUUGACAUGCACUGUCUUUGGGAGAACAUUAUCUUGAUGUGAGUAAUGUGGCAUGUAAGACUUGGGAUUGACAUUGCUUAGACAAAGUGUUGGGCUGGCCCUCGCUCAGCGAAACUGAAGCUACAAACUGUCAUUGGAAAAUGUAUAUUGCCUUUUUUCAGAUGGGAAACACUUCAUACCCUUUAUUGCUGUAAUGAUUUCUGAGAUUGAGUCAUUAAAUAUUAACAAUGUGGGAAAA